AUGGGUCAAUAUUCCCACAUCCAAGGAAUACCCCAAGCACAGAAGCCCACGGUACAGUCAUCAGGUUUCAGUAACUCCUUUUUGAGAGAUCAAUUUACUGUUUCUCCAGACCAGGCUUCCAUGACACAAGGGGCUUUCAUGUCCAACCAGGGGUUUUCAGGGAAAAACAUGUUUGAACAAGUUCCCAAUCCGGGUUUAAAUAGUGGAAUUUUGUCAGGAAACCUCCAGGAAGCUAAUUCACCACAAUCAAAUUCAUCAAUGAAAGAACUUAAUGGAAGGCAAGAGCAAACUGUUUGGCCUGCAAUGCAGCAAAAAACAACACAACAUGGUCCUAAUCAGGGUUUGGUACCCCUAGACCCAAUGGAAGAGAAGAUAUUGUACAAUAUGGAUGAAAACAUAUGGGAUGCUUCUUUUGGAAGACGCAGCGACAUGGGUACUGCUGGUUUUGGCAAUAUGAUGGAGAACACGGAUUUAUCAAAUUCAUUUCCAUCAUUGCAGAGUGGGAGCUGGAGUGCUCUUAUGCAGUCUGCAGUAGCAGAAGCUUCAAGCAGUGAUACUGGGAUGCAGGAGGAGUGGAGUGGCUUGACUUUCCAGAAUACGGAACAGUCAACUGAUAAUCAGCUUUCGAAUUUCAUGGAAGGUGACAACCAACAGACAGGUUGGGUUGAUAACAACUUGCCGAGUGCCUCCUCCUUUACUUCAAAACCGUUGCAUAUGUUUAAUGAUUCCAAUAUGAGCUCUAGCUUCCCUGGCUUUCAGCAUCAAGGCAUCCAAUUUUCAGGUGAACAGAGAGAGGGUUUGCGCCAGAAUGGUGAAUCCAUGGAGAAGUCUCCUAAGGUCACUGGUGAAUGGGUGGACUGUAAUCCUCAACAGAAGCCAUCUGUUGAAGGUAGUCAACAGGUCCAAUCAUUUAUGCAUUUAAAUAAUGCAUGGGCAGGCCAGAUUAAUGAGCGCUCAGAAGGUGAUAUGCAGCAGCAGAGAAUGGCGUCACAUAUUAACUUAUCUGCUGUACCAGAUACUGUCAAGUCCCAUCAGGCGACCAGUCAACAGAUCUUGCAGAAUAAUCAAUCUGAUUACAUGCGACAUGCUGAUAUAUCUGUUGCCAAAAGGGAAAAAGAGAGCAUGGCAAAGGGCCCUCAACAAAUAAGCAAUGGCCCUCAUGUCUAUAGUAACUCCUAUGAUGGAGAAGCUGAAACUUAUGAGAAGCAGAAGAGCUACUACCCUAGGGAGAAUUCUAAUGGCAGCUUCAACUCCAAAGGAUUGAGUGGUAGUGAGCAAGGGCAUGCGUCACAGUUCCAGUUUCUUGGUAAUGUUUCCAGCAAUGCCAUGGGCUUGGAGCAGGCGCAUUUAGCUCAUGUGCAAGGGAACUCAAGAGCGUCAGAGGAGUUACCUUCUGGAGGUGAUCUUAGAUCACUUGGCUCUGGUGGUUCAAAUAUUGCUGCUCAGGCAAGACUUAACCAUGAGAGUCAAAAUAUGCUUGAGCUUCUGAACAAGGUUGACCAAUCAAGAGAAGAUGGCACUACAACACAUUUUGGUUCUGCUGAUGGUAAUUCAAUGACCAAGGUACCUGAAAAUGAAGUGCAUACAUCUGGUGCUCAACUGUAUAAUCUGUCCUCUACUUCUCAGGGGUUUGGUUUGAGGUUGGGCCCUCCUUCUCAAAGGCUGACCAACUCAAGCCAUCUCCUCUCUGCUCAUAGUUCACCUCAGGCAAUAAGUUAUCAAAAUUUAAGGCAAGCCAAUUCUGACUUAAAAGAGAAAAACCAGACCUGGGUAGCUUCCCCAUCUUCCUUUCAGACUUUUCCUCCUACUCAUGAAUUGUCGCCAAGGGCACAUUGGGAGGAUAAAGCUAGUGCUUCGGGACAAACAGGAACCUCCUCGUAUUUGACUAUGCAAGGAAACUCUAAUGCGGCGUAUGCUUCCAGUCCUUCAUAUAUGAGAAAUCAGCCUCAGAUGCAAUUCAUGUCUAGCGCAGCUGUAUCAUCCCAAGCUUCACAAGCAACAUUGGCAAACACCACUAGCAGAUACCAACUUCUUAACCGUGUUGCUUCUCAUGAUACCCCUCGACAGAUUUACACCAAUCCCUUGGGCCAGCAAUUUCCAGUUUUGGAAGCUCUGCCUGUAUCUCAGCCAUCGGUUAUGACUGGCAUAUCUCAGCAGGGCGAGAGUUCAGCAAGACCGCACAAUGUAUGGACAAAUGUAACAAUUCAGAGGCAGCCUCCUGUUCCUUCCUCCAUGGAUCCAUCAAAUAAUAGCAUGAUUAGCUCCCCAAAAGGAGAAUAUGGAUCACCUGAAUUUGGUGCUUCCGAGCAGCAGGUAUCAUCUGAGACACUUGACGCUUCACAGGCAGCUGGUUCACUGCAUGGGCUGAAGCCUUCACCAAAGCAUGUCUCAGAUUCAAAUGCUCUUCUCUCUGGCUCUUUAUUGGUUCGUUCUAACCAGCAGGCUUUUGACAGAGAAAAGAACGAAGAUAGUCAUGCCCUCACUGCUUCUGAAGGAAAUUUGGUAUCUGUUGGUCAAUCUUUGGAAUCAUCCCCCCAAAUUCCUCAGAAGUAUUCCCUAAUGGGCCAAUUGCAGGCAGUGAAAAACAUUGAGAAUGAUCCAAGUAGGAGGGUGGGACAAUAUGAGUAUAAUCCGAAGUUUGGAAAUCUCGUGGAUAGUGGACAGGGUGCAGGGGUACAACCAAAUUCCUUUCCGUCUAGGGAUACCAAUAUGAUGAGCCUCCAAGAUCGACCUUCUACCGAGAUGGCAAAGCUCGGUCAAAGUGAUUCUCAGAAUCAACCUGGAAGCAAUGUGGCAUCUAAUGUUACUGAACAUAGCCAGGUUAAUCUGCGUAUGGCGCCCUCAUGGUUUAAUAAGUAUGGAACUUUGCAGAAUGGGCAGAUGCUAUCGCCGUAUGAUGCCAGACUUGCAAAAAUGGCCGCAGGCCAGCUCUCUCUUGUAAAGCCUCCUCACAAUAUGCACAUUCAAGCCUCUGUGCAGCGAGUAGAUGCCACCGAUGCUAGUCAAGGUGGUACCGUAAUACCAAGUGCACAUGCCACCUUGGUAGGAGCAGACCACUCCUUGGGUCCUUCUGUGUUGCCUUCAGACAUCGCAAAUCAAAGUAUGGCUAUUACAAGACCAAAGAAGCGCAAAAUAGUGACACCUGAGGUUCUCCCAUGGCACAAAGAAGUGACACAAGGUUCCCAGAGGCUUCAAAAUAUGAGCAUGGCAGAAGAACACUGGGCGCAAGCCACAAAUCGGUUGAUUGAGAAGAUGCAAGAUGAGGUAGAUAUUCUUGAAGAUGUGCCACCAGUGUUUCGAUCAAAGAGAAGGCUUGUCUUGACAACACAGCUUAUGCAACAAUUGCUUCGUCCUGCUCCAGAAUCCAUUCUCUCAGCAGAUGUGGCUUCACACUAUGAUAGCGUAAUAUAUUCUGUUUCAAGAUUAGCCCUUGGGGAUGCAUGCAGUCUCACUUACUAUCCAAGAAAUGACUUGCUUGAGUUCAUGGACGACAGUAGCAUGAUUUCUGAGAAGCUUGAUACAUCUGAGGGAACUUUUGACCAGCAAUUUUCAGAAGUCGUUGAAAAGUUAACUGCUAGAGUGAAGAAGCUUGAAAAUGACUUCCAAAGAGUGGAAAAGGCAGCAUCUAUAGUGGACAUAAGAGUCGAAUGUCAGGAGUUGGAGAGGUUUGCUGUCAUCAACCGUUUUGCCAAGUUUCAUAUACGAGGACAAGCUGAUAUCUCUGGCACCUCAUUAUCCUCUGUCACACCAAAACCAUUUCCCCAGAGAUAUGUCACUGCACUUCCGAUGCCCAGAAAACUUCCCGAAGGCUUACAAUGUGUUUCACUGUGAUUAUCAAUUGCUUGAUCUCCUUAUAUCAGUAUUCCAUAUCCUCAUCGACACAUCUAUGAUCUCUCUGCACUAACCUAUAUACUGGCAUCCAAGAAAGAAGAGGAAUGAAAGAUGGAAACUGGACAGGUCAACCUUAUAAGUGAGGCAUUCAAUCAUUUUGAUUGAGGCCGAUUGUGGUCAUUUUUGGGAAAGUAUAUAUUGUUUCUUGUAUAUUUUCAUGAACUUCCAAGGAGAAUAGGAGUUUUUUGAAGUAUCUUUUGGAAAAUGAAGAGGGUCAUUAGCAUGGAUGUGUUUUUAGCUCUUUUAAGUUGUUACAUAAAUUAGUA